UAGACAAUUGGAAAUGAAAGACGAAGAUCUCACAAUGUGGGCUCUCAGAGCUGCGAGAUUAGCCUCCUAUUUUCUUAGCAAAAACCGUUUCGUAGAAGCGAGAAAUCAUUUAUCAGCUGCCAUUCACGUGCUUCACGAGUACGAGAAAAAACUUAAAGCGACGGAUACUUCCAAAACAGAAAAGUUAAACGACUUCAGACGCAAGUAUGCCGACGUCGCAAAAUGUUGGGUCAAAUACGGCCUGUUUCUGUUCAGCGUAUCAAAAACAAACAUGGUUUCCCAAUUUUGUUGCGAACCGAAUCAAGUUCUUGACAAACUUUGGACCGUGCCGUUCAAAAACAUCGAUAACAACAGUUUUUUAUCGACUAAGGAAGGAAAAAACGUCGAAGCUUUGACGGACGCGACUAAAAAUUCAUCUCCCCCCGACGGUCGACGCAGUAAAGUACAAUUUUUCUUGCCUGACGAAAAAUCGUCAGAAGCAGCAUGUCACUCGACGGGGAGUAGCGAAAAAGUGUUAGGAAAUGAAGAAUCGCGUGAUAAUUCUUCACACUUCUCUGCAGGCAACUCCGAAAAGCCGAGCUCAUAUCUUAUUUUUGAAUCGUUGACGGAAUUAUCUGAGUCCGAAAAUGAAGUUGCUGCUUCUCUGAUCGAAACGACGGGCCAAGCACGAUCGCUGUUUCUUCAUACUCACAGUUGGCUCAAAAAAGUCAAAACUUAUUAUAACCUGAAUGAAUAUCCCAUGGAGUAUGUGAACGUCGUUCUGGAUCUUAGCGAACUUUAUCGAUAUCUUGCAUUUUAUGAAGAAGAAAUAGAAAGUCAGUAUGCGGUGCAAAAGUUACGAGCGGAUGCUCUAGAAACCCUGAGCACGGUCCUCCGUGAAAUUCGUCCACAGUGCUACAUCUCCGUGUCUGUUGAACUGUUACGGGAACUCGCGGAAGUUCAGUUGGAGAUGAUGGGGCUAAAUCUGCGGAGAAUAUACGCGGCAAAAGAAGCCACUUCGAGGGACACGAGCGAAACGACUCUUCACAAAAUGGACGCUCUCGCUGACAUUCAUUCUCGAUUAGAACAGUUCCGUGAUAAUUUUAGUCACAUCGACGAUCCCGAAAGAAAAUGUGAUACGCAAAAUGCUACGUCUGAACGUUUUUCACAUUUUAUUGUGUAAAAUGAUGAUAAGGGUAUUUUGUAAAUUUCGGAAGUUCGGGAUAGUCUUUGAAAUGAAGAAUUUGAACAAUAGUUCCGUUUUACACUAUUGGUGUAAUCUGUAAUAUCGAUUGUUGGUAAUAAUAAAUUUGUACAUGCUGCAUAUUAAA